CCCUUACACGCCCCAGCAUCUUCUCUGCCUCUAAGAACCUGGCCCUCAGCCCGCCCGCGCCCCUCCCUGGGAUGCCGAGCCUUUCCCCAGGACCGUGCAUUCCUGCAGUGUCAGAACCACUGGCAGCUGCCGCAGACGCCGGCGGAGCGAUUGUUUUACCACGAACAGAUAUACGAAUCCUGAACGUUGCAGUUUUCUGAUUGCUGUGCAAGGAUGGAGGCCCCACUGGUGAGCUUGGAUGAAGAAUUUGAGGACCUUCGGCCCUGCUGCUCGGAAGACCCCGAGGAGAAGCCCCGGUGUUUCUACGGCUCGUCUCCCCACCAUCUCGAGGACCCCUCCCUAUCUGAGCUGGAGAAUUUUUCUUCUGAAAUCAUCAGCUUCAAGUCCAUGGAGGACCUGGUGAAUGAAUUUGAUGAGAAGCUCAAUGUCUGCUUUCGGAACUACAACGCCAAGACCGAGAACCUAGCUCCGGUGAAGAACCAGUUCCAGAUUCAAGAGGAGGAGGAGACCCUGCAGGAUGAGGAGGUUUGGGAUGCUCUGACAGACAAUUACAUCCCUUCACUCUCAGAAGACUGGAGGGACCCAAACAUGGAGGCUCUAAAUGGCAACAACUCUGACACUGAGAUCCAUGAGAAAGAAGAGGAAGAGUUCAAUGAGAAGAGUGAACACGAUUCUGGAAUCAAUGAGGAGCCUUUACUCACAGCAGAUCAGGUGAUUGAAGAGAUUGAGGAAAUGAUGCAGAAUUCCCCCGACCCUGAAGAGGAAGAGGAGGUCCUGGAAGAGGAGGAUGGGGGAGAAACCUCCUCCCAGGCAGACUCGGUCCUCCUGCAGGAGAUGCAGGCCUUGACCCAGACCUUCAACAACAACUGGUCCUACGAAGGCCUGAGGCACAUGUCUGGGUCUGAGCUGAUGGAGCUCCUGGACCAAGUAGAGGGUGCCAUCCGAGACUUCUCGGAGGAGCUGGUGCAGCAGCUGGCCCGCCGGGACGAGCUGGAGUUCGAGAAGGAAGUGAAGAACUCCUUCAUCACUGUGCUCAUUGAGGUGCAGAACAAGCAGAAGGAGCAGCGGGAACUGAUGAAGAAGAGGCGGAAAGAGAAAGGGCUGAGCCUGCAGAGCAGCCGGAUCGACAAGGGAAGCCAGAUGCCUCUCAAGCGCUUCAGCAUGGAAGGCAUCUCCAACAUCCUGCAGAGUGGCAUCCGCCAGACUUUCGGCCCCUCGGGAAGUGACAAGCAGUACCUGAACACAGUCAUCCCAUAUGAGAAGAAGGCCUCGCCCCCAUCAGUGGAAGACCUCCAGAUGCUGACUAACAUUCUCUUUGCCAUGAAGGAGGAUAAUGAGAAGGUUCCCACUUUGCUGACGGACUACAUUUUAAAAGUGCUCUGUCCCACCUAACCUUGCCCUCGGGGGCAGCCUUGCUGCGGAGGUCACUGAGCAAGCGUCAUCCCACCGCAGGGACUGCAUGACACCACGUAGCCUCCGCCGUGUAUUUAAACGUGUAUAGCUUAACCCGGAUUAAACAUGAGCAAACGCGCGGGGUCCUUUGCUGUUGGCUUCUAGUCCUAGUAACCAUUGGUUGCAUGACCGUCUGGCAGGGCUGGUGAUGUCGCCCCUUCUCCGCCCGUGUCGGAGGGAGGCGGAUGCUGUCACCGCUCAUGAUGUAGUCUGGCUCCAGCCCUCAAAAACAGCUUCCACCCUAAGACUAAUUUUGAA